AUUAUUCGGUUGCGCUGCCAUGACUCUAGAUUUAAAUUUCAAAUGAACUAUAUUUUUUACAUUUUAACAAGUUUAUUAUACAAAAAAACUUGCUUGUGUUGCGAACAAGUAAGUAACAGUGGUGUUGUUCCAGAGGUGACAGUAACGUUCAAUUUUUCUUUCCGACACCCCCCGCAUCAAGAGACCUGGAGUUCAAAUCGAAGUGAUAAGAAGCAUGCGGAUCGAAUGCUGCAACAAGAACUGUAGCAAAUGGCAACUGACCAAUGAGUACAAUGAUCUGAGUGACGUACUAGACAUGUGGUUUUGCCACAUGAAUUCAGGUUUUCCGUUGUGGCCAGCCAUGGUUGAUAACUGUCCGAAUUCAUCCACAUGGUAUAAAGUACAGAGACCAUCGUCAGUUUUGAAAAAGUAUCAUGUUUGGUUUUUUGGUUCGAAUAAAAACGAGCAUGCAUGGAUGCGGGACUGUCAAUUGAAAGCGUACAAAAAAAAUUCUUGCAAGUUGUUUGUAACAAAGUGUUGCAGACGAAACAUAGAAGCAUCGAUUACAAGAUGAGAUUGGAUGAAGCCUGUCAUUUGGCAGAUGCAGUAGUACCCUUGAGCAUUUCCCAGUGAUUGGAAGAAUGGUUUGCUCGAGUGGCUCGUCAAAAUCAACCUCUAAAAACAUCAAAAGCCAAUAACUGUCCGAACUCUACCAGAAGUCUUGUUCUGAAGAGGAAUGUUGUAACUCAAAAAAAGAGGAUCGGAAAGGAAAAGAGUAAUUGAAAGUUCAAAAUUGCUGACGUAGGCUUAAGUGGUGGUCUGCAAUGAUCGUCACGUGUCCAAUCCUCAAAACGCACGAACAUGUUCCCAAGUUUAAAGAACAACCGGUAAGCGUUUUAUAUUCCAUUUUAAAAAACAUGUGGAUCUUUUCUGAUUUUUAAAUUCUGAAUUCAAUUCAUUUAUGAAACCACCAAAGAUGACGAUUCAAAACUCUCGUUUAGACAAGGUUAGGUGCCUCGUAAAAUGAUAAAAAUUUGAAAACUGAGUUUUCAAGCGUCUGAAUAGUACUUGGAGUCGAUACAAGUACCGAAGCCAGGUCCAUUUCUUUAAGUUAUAACAUCACGUAGGUGCAUCGAAUUGCGAAACAGUUAAUGCAUUUUUAUUCGAAGAACGAUUUGCAGGGAUCAAACGAAAGUCCGGGAACCCCACCGAAUAUAACCUCAUCGAUUUUCAACUCGUUAGUCGCACAGAGGAGUGCAGUCUGAAGCUUGGUGUCGUGGCAUUGCGAUAGACUGAGCAAGUUGAUUUUCCAGUUUUUUAUUCACUCAAAAAUAAUAAGGGUGACUUUUAACAAUCAAUAACAUUUCACGUAUGAGAUUGAUAACUGAAUUAAUUGUUAUACACACUUUUUGCUUGGACACACUUGAUGUUUGGAGGAAAACCUGUAUCAACGUUUUUACCGACCACGAAAUGGACAGACUGUAAAAUAUAUACAUUCAACUGGAUCGCCGUACUCGUCGAAAAGAAGGGAACUCGCAGUAUUCUUUUUUUAAACGCUGUUACUGAUGAACCGAAGAAAUGUUAGAGAAAAAAAAUGUUCUUUGUAGAAAGCAAAUUACUUCAAAAAAAUUUUAUAGCACAGCAUUUUGUCGUUCGUCUAACUAGAGACGAACAAAGUAGAAUAUUUUCAUGCCAAUCAUUUUCUCGAAUAACAAGUGAAUUUCAACAACAUGAAAAAAUGUGAUUAAAGAUCCUAAAAAAGUUUUUGUACAUGGAGGAGCAUAAUGCACUAAUAAUCAUAAUAAAAAUCCAGCAAUAUAGUUGCGUAGACUCCUGUAACCAGGUCGACUUGGGGUCAAAGUUUUAUAACGAAUCAAAAAACAAGUUAGAAUUUCGUAAUCGACGAAUGCCGAAAAUAAAAAAAAAUGUAGCAAGAUUUCAACGAAAAUAAAACAAACCGCCGUAAGGAAUGGUCGAAUC